GCCACACCUCUAAGUUUUGUCAGCCCCGCCCCUACUCCUGGCUCCUCGGGAGCAGUUAUUCCUAUUGGCCAGAGGCCCCAUCGGUCGAUAGAAAGCGGGUAGUGAUUGGCAAGGGGGUGGGCUCUGCUUCCCGGCGGGGUCUUGCGGAGUUGGCGGAGUCUCCUUAGGGAACUGGGGGGCCGAACUGCGUAGAAGAGGGUGGCGGGGAGGAGAGCGCUAAGUGGGAAGCGGAACCUGGGGCCUGGGACCCGCCGCGGCAGAGCCAGGCUAGUGAACCGGAGCAAACGACUUCCGAUCCACUCCGCGCUGCAGCGGCACCCUUUUGGGAUUUGAUUUGCAGCAUCUUUGAGCUGGUACCACAAAAACACUCCGCGAAGCACGCCUAGCUCUCCCCUGGCACCCCAAGACAAACCCACUCCCUCCCGGGGACACAGCUGGGCGCGUCCACACCCCCGCAUCCCAUACACCAUGUUGUGCGGAAGGACUUCCACUCCCUGCCUGUGUCGUUGAUGUCAGACCCCAGGCCAGCCUCAGGGCGCUGCAGUUCUCCUGGCUAAUGCGGCUGUGGCUAGGGCUUUAGUACAUAAGCCAGCCGCCGCCGCCGUCCCCCUCCCAGCCGGCCUCAGCGCCCACAGUCUGCAUGUGUGUGCGGUAGCCGGCUGCCCAUCCUGCCGCCCGUGUUCCCCGGGAGCUCUGGAGACCACCGCGGGGGCUUCCUCUGCUUGUGGGAGAAGUGGCCUUGGAGGAAUUGAUUUCGGUGGUUGGAUUUUUCUUGUGGAUCUAUCAAUUCACGAUUCGAAUUUGGAAGAAAGAAGGAAAACAUGACGUCUCCAGCCAAAUUCAAAAAGGAUAAGGAGAUCAUCGCAGAGUACGAUACUCAGGUCAAAGAGAUCCGGGCACAGCUCACAGAGCAGAUGAAAUGCCUAGACCAGCAGUGUGAGCUCCGGGUGCAGCUGUUGCAGGACCUGCAAGACUUCUUCCGAAAGAAGGCUGAGAUUGAAAUGGACUACUCUCGAAACCUGGAGAAGCUAGCCGAGCGCUUUCUAGCCAAGACACGAAGCACCAAGGACCAGCAAUUUAAGAAGGACCAGAAUGUUCUCUCUCCAGUAAACUGCUGGAACCUCCUCUUAAACCAAGUGAAGCGGGAGAGCAGGGAUCAUACCACCCUGAGUGACAUCUACCUGAAUAAUAUAAUUCCUCGAUUUGUUCAAGUCAGUGAGGACUCAGGAAGACUCUUUAAAAAGAGUAAAGAAGUUGGCCAGCAGCUCCAAGAUGAUUUGAUGAAGGUCCUGAACGAGCUUUAUUCGGUCAUGAAAACAUAUCACAUGUACAAUGCAGACAGUAUCAGCGCUCAGAGCAAACUGAAGGAAGCAGAGAAGCAAGAAGAGAAGCAAAUUGGUAAAUCAGUGAAACAAGAGGACCGGCAGACCCCUCGCUCUCCUGAUUCCACUGCCAAUGUCCGCAUUGAGGAGAAACAUGUCCGGAGGAGCUCAGUGAAGAAGAUUGAGAAGAUGAAGGAGAAGCGACAAGCCAAGUACACAGAGAAUAAACUGAAGGCCAUUAAAGCCCGGAAUGAGUACUUACUGGCUUUGGAAGCAACCAAUGCAUCUGUCUUCAAGUACUAUAUCCAUGACCUGUCCGAUAUUAUCGAUCAGUGUUGUGACCUAGGCUACCACGCUAGCCUGAACCGGGCCCUGCGUACUUUCUUGUCUGCUGAAUUAAAUCUGGAACAAUCAAAACACGAGGGUCUGGAUGCUAUUGAAAAUGCAGUAGAAAACCUAGAUGCCACCAGUGACAAGCAGCGACUUAUGGAGAUGUACAACAAUGUUUUCUGUCCCCCUAUGAAGUUUGAAUUCCAGCCCCACAUGGGAGAUAUGGCCUCACAGCUCUGUGCCCAGCAGCCUGUCCAGAGUGAACUGGUGCAGAGAUGCCAACAGCUGCAGUCUCGCUUAUCCACUUUGAAGAUUGAGAACGAAGAGGUGAAGAAGACAAUGGAGGCUACCCUGCAGACCAUUCAAGACAUUGUGACUGUUGAGGAUUUUGAUGUAUCUGACUGCUUCCAGUACAGCAAUUCUAUGGAGUCUGUCAAAUCAACAGUCUCAGAAACUUUCAUGAGCAAGCCCAGCAUUGCUAAGAGGAGAGCCAACCAGCAAGAGACAGAGCAAUUUUAUUUCACGAAAAUGAAGGAGUACUUGGAGGGUAGGAACCUAAUCACCAAGUUACAAGCCAAGCAUGACCUCCUGCAGAAAACCCUGGGAGAAAGUCAGCGGACAGAUUGUAGCCUUGCCAGGCGUAGCUCAACCGUGAGGAAACAGGAUUCCAGCCAGGCGAUUCCUCUGGUAGUAGAAAGCUGCAUCCGGUUUAUUAGCAGACAUGGCCUACAACAUGAGGGAAUUUUCCGAGUGUCUGGGUCACAAGUGGAAGUGAAUGACAUAAAAAAUGCCUUUGAGAGAGGAGAGGACCCUCUGGCUGGGGACCAGAAUGACCACGACAUGGACUCCAUAGCUGGUGUCCUCAAGCUUUACUUCCGGGGGCUGGAACACCCACUCUUCCCCAAGGACAUCUUCCAUGACUUGAUUGCCUGUGUCACGAUGGACAACCUGCAAGAGAGAGCUGUGCAUAUCCGGAAAGUCCUUCUGGCCCUGCCCAAACCCACUCUGAUUAUCAUGAGAUACCUCUUUGCCUUCCUCAAUCACUUAUCACAGUUCAGUGAAGAGAACAUGAUGGACCCCUACAACCUUGCCAUCUGCUUCGGGCCCUCACUGAUGUCAGUGCCAGAGGGCCAUGACCAGGUGUCCUGUCAAGCCCACGUGAAUGAACUGAUUAAAACCAUCAUCAUCCAACAUGAGAACAUCUUCCCAAAUCCCAGGGAGCUGGAGGGCCCCAUCUACAGCAGAGGAGGAAGCAUGGAAGAUUACUGUGACAGCACUCAUGGAGAGACUACCUCUGCUGAAGACUGCGCCCAGGAUGUGACAGCAGAGCACCACACGAGUGAUGACGAAUGUGAGCCCAUUGAGGCCAUCGCCAAGUUUGACUACGUAGGACGGACAGCCCGGGAGCUAUCUUUCAAGAAGGGAGCAUCCCUGCUGCUUUACCAGCGAGCUUCUGAUGAUUGGUGGGAAGGCCGGCACAAUGGUAUAGAUGGACUCAUCCCCCAUCAGUACAUCGUAGUCCAGGACACGUUGAUAUCCUGAAUGAGUCUGCACCCUCCCAGCCUCUCCUGGGCUCCUUCUUCGGGGAAAUCCUCCCUGUGUUGAUAACAUCACAAACCUGGUGGCGAUCUGUGCGUGGACAGGACCCUCCCAAAUUUAGCAUUAUGACUUCACUACAGGAUCGAGAGAAGAUGGAUUAUGGGGGGAAGGGGCUUUCUUUGUCAUCAGUAGCCAGAGGGGCAAGGAGAGCAGUGGAGAGACCUGGGACCAUCUUGGACACUCUGAGCGAGGCUAGAUGUGCUACGAAGUGGCUGUGUGUCCACACCCUGCCUCAACACUGGCUUCUCCCUCCAGAGUCACUACAGAGCUGCCUGUCCUUACCAGCAGUGCUCAGGACCACAGAUAAACCGAAGCCUGGACUUCCACCUCCUUCUCCAGGAGGUGGUCCCAUCAUGGCCACCCCAUGAAAGCAGCAUGGGGUCAAAGGCAAAUGCCUUGAAUCCAAGUGUCCCCUAGCCAAGUUUUCCUGAGGAGCUGAGGAUCAAAUAGAACUCAGCAGAUUAUUUAUUUUUAUUUACAUGACCCUCCAGAGGCCCUCAGGUUUCCUUGCCUCUGUUCACAGAAUUAGCCCCACCAGGGGUCACCGCUGCCUCCAGGCUGUGUGGGGUUGUGUGUAUGUCCGGGGGGGGCCAUCUUGCUGAUUUAACACUGCUUUUUGUGUUUUCCCUUCUCCUGCCCGCCUGUCCCUUCCGCCCCAGCGAGGACGGUGUCGUGGAGAGGUCCAGCCCCAAGUCUGAGAUUGAGGUCAUGUCUGAGCCACCUGAAGAAAAGGUGACAGCCAGAACGGGGGCCAGCUGUCCCAGUGGGGGUCAUGUAGCUGAUAUUUAUCUUGCAAACAUCAACAAGUAAGCUCUGCUUUUCGUUUUCUGCUCCCCUAAAUGAUUCACUCACUCACCUCACCCCGGCCUCACCCCACCCUGCUCUAUGCUGUCCGCAGGGCUCCCAGCUCCCCCCACCUAACAGUCUCCAUGUGUUGUUUGCUGCCGCAAGGUGGAUGGCAGGGCUGAGGAGGUACAUGGGUCUGAGGGUAGACCCAGCCUCCAACUGUCUGAUACCAUCCUGUGGUACUCUGUGUGUUCCGCAGUGUCUGUCUGCCCAGACUUUCUGGCAGUCUUAGCCAAACCUUCAUCAAAGCUUUGGUCACCUUAUGCAACUUGGUUUUGUGCUAUUUCUCAUCAGUGCCUUCACUUUUCCAGUUCUUAUUCAGAUAGUAUUCAAUGUCUGCUUCGACCCUUGUCUGUCUGAAGAUCAGAGUUUCGUAUGUCUGCCACCAGGCUACUGUCCAUCAGGUGGGCUAACUUAGACGUCAUGUGUCUGGUUCUCCCUAUCCCACAUUCAUGGCCAUGGAAAAGAGAAGAGCACUGAGCCCAAGGGAAGCUUUGUGCUGAGCCCCUAAACCAUCCUAUGACCUGUGCUCCCUGUCACUCUGGCAGAAAUCACUUUUCAUUUGUUCCUUGUCGCUUUAGCACUGUGUAUUAUCCUUCCCUAGCAGUCCCUUUGCAGAUGCCCACUCCUGUCCAGCAGGCUUAUUCUGACCCCAGCUUUCAUUGUGGCCAUUAGCAAUAUUCUGAGGUUCUAACUCCAUCCACACCUGCUGGCUAUCUAGAGGGAUUCCUCGUUCGCCCGCCCAUGAGCUGCUGCCUCCCCAAGAGGCACUCAGGCUAUUGGAGAACUAAUCUCAUCUCAAGGGGCCAGACACCAAGUCCUACAGACCUCUUUCCGCCAGACCCUGAACUGUGACCCAGUGCCAGGAGGAUGAGAAGCCCCGGGGCACUCGUGGUGAACAUGGAUUGGAGAUGACGUACAGUUUGUAUACCUUCCGACUCUGGAGGGCUGAGACGAUUUGCACUUUGAUACCCUGUUAACCAUAGCCUCUGGACACCGGGACUGGAAGGAGAAUAAAAGAUGCUUAUUGUUUGUAAACUGCAUGAGGUUGCCAGAUCUCUUGGCUUUUUUCCAACCAGACAAUAGAGGGGUUGGGGGACAUGGAUCUUUUCUAUCUCUUUCACACUCAAGUUCAUCUAGCUUAUUCAGCUCACUUACUCAGUAUAGUCAUAAUUUAAUCCAGACCAGUAAACAAGCUGAGGAUUUUAUACUUCCCUCCAGUCUGCCAGGAGGGCAAGCUAAAAAAAAGUAGCUGCCAGCUAAUCACAUUUUUUUUUUUUAUUUACAAGUCUGUGUUGAUUAUGAUCCUGCAAUCACAAAGCCAUGAGCUUAUUAAGCCAGAAACCAAGACGAUGGUGGAGGUGAAGUUAGGUGUUUAUAUCGGCACUUUUAUUCUUGUUUUUAUGGUGUUGGGGAUAGGACUCAACAUAGCACAUAUACAAGUGGAGCACUCUACUGCUGAGUUACAGCCUCAUCCCUGGGCAUUAAAUUUUAAGACAACAUGCCUCUGAUGCCAUUUACACAAAGGAAUUACAGAGAACAAAAGCUGAAAUUGCCAAAAGGUAAACAUCUGGUAGGAAGUCAAGGUCAUUCCCUUGAACUCCUUGCUUGGUGUUAUUAAGAUUCUUAUGAUGAAUUUCCUGGGGACGGACCAAAACCAAACCAUGUCAGCAUGGUCUACUCCCACUUUCCCAGGCACCAGCCAAUCAGUUCAUGAGUGACAGCCCCAGUAUGCCUGGCCCCUAGGAGUGAGUCUGCCUUUCUACCUCCCAACUGCCUCUAGAACAACGUUCCCAUGAAACUUGAGUUCCCUAAUUGCUUUGGAGAGCUCUCUCCUCCUGGGCCCUCUCAUAUGAUUAACUCCUCCUCAGCUUCCAAGACUCAGUCUCAACAUUACCUAUUUGGGUAUGCCUUCCUCACACCCUGAGUUCCUUGAGGCCGAAAACAGUGCCCUCCCUCAUUCUGCACCAAAAUGGCUUGAGUUGUUGGUACUCGGUGCUACUCCUGGUUCCUCCUCCAGGCUGAGCUCCUUGUAAUCAGCAUCUCUGUCUUCCUCAUCUCUAUGCCCCAGAUAGAGCCUGGGAUGACGCCACCACAGUCUCCUAAGUCUGCCUUCUCAGCAGUUCUGAUCUGUGAGUCAGCCAUCCUUGAAUGGAAAAGGGAAAUCAGCAGAGUUCUUGGGGUGUGGCGUUUCAGUUUAAUUCCACAUCCUAUAUUAACCAUCUGCUUUGUGCCAAGCACCAAUGCUGGCUCUUCAGAGCUCACAAUCUGGCAAGGCAAAGGGCCAUAUGGAAGGUAACUGAAAAGCAGUUGUAUGGAAGCCCUGAAGGAACAUGGGAGGGAGGAAUCUCUUCAGUCUGUAGAUGGAGGUACUAGUGUCAUGGAAAACUUGACAAAGGAGGGCUCAUUCAGCAGGGCCUUUCGAGCAUCCUUUUUCUGGUUGAGAAUGGCUGCCUCACAAGGCUAGAGCUGCCGAUCAGCCACAUUCAUGGCUCCCGUCCACACCCUGCUGGACCCAGAAAGAUAAAGCGGACCUCAGCUGUGAGCAGCACAGGACUGACUUAAGGCAUUAGCUAUGCUUCAGAGAUGCCCCACACCCCGUCUGCAGUCCUACUAUUACCAUCCCCGUCCCCAGCUCAGCUCAUCAUCCUCAGUAGACUCAAAGUCAGAGCUGCUACAUAGCUGCUAUCUGAAUGAGCAGCUCAGCGGCAUCUUAGAUAAGGUCCUUUAAAAUCUGAUUCAAAACAAUAAAAUUAUUCAGCAGCAGGCAAUACCUGUAGGGCUAGGAGCCCACUCUGUCAUGUCAUUUGAGAGCCUUCUGUGGUAUGAAAUAAAUGGGCCCAGUGCUGGGUGACGCAGGAGUUGUGUGGACGCUCUCUCUACCCUAAGGUCAGGCAUACAGUGAGCUCUCUGUGUGCCACUGCAGUUCCUUGAAAAUCUCUUCCAUGUCUGUGAACAAGAAGUAGCCUCUUGCCAGGGCCCGGGUGGUGACAGGCUUGCCUCGGUAGAGCUGAGCAAACUGAAAUUUGGAAAAGUUGGCUCCUAUUGCCAGCAGUUCUCCCCUCCUUGGUGAUGGUGAGACUUUCUCACCUGGGGCUUGGGUUUCUGUGCAGGCAGGCAGUGGAAUGGGUCUCCUCAUGAAUCUUUCUCCCAUUAGAAACUUUCUCCUGAACAGGCAAUUUUUUUUCUGACAGCAUCUUACAUGUUUAGAACUCAAAGCUCACAACUACCAAGUAAGUAUCCUUUUCAUGUCUGCCCAGGUUGGGGGUUGGAGGGAACAGAUCCAUAGAAAAAACAAGAGAAAGAAAAACUGAAAAGGUAGGGUAUUCUGUGUGACUUUUCUUAGCUGUCCCAGGUGCCAGCCUCCACCCCACCCCCCCAUCACAAUCCUAGCUCCCUUGGACCUAGGGCUUCCUGAUCAGAUGCCAUUUCUGUUUGUUGAAGGCAAAGGAAGCGUCCAGAAUCUGGGAGCAUCAGAAAAGCAUUUCGGAGUGACAGCCAUGGGCUGGGCA